CCCCCUUUUUUCCCCGGACGGUGGUGUCGUCCGAACGUCGGGAUAAAACCCUGGCGGACGCAACGCUCCAACUCAGAACGUUGGCGGUCCGGGCGUUCCGAGCGCCCCGGGGAAGCGGCGCGUGCGGUCAUGGCGGUCGGGGUCAAGGUGGUUUACUGCGGAGCCUGAGGCUACAGACCCAAGUUCCAACAGCUCAAGAAGGAACUUGAAAAAGAGUUUCCAGGCAAGCUGGAAAUUAGCGGCGAAGGGACUCCUCAGGUCACAGGAUGGUUUGAGGUGAUGGUAGCAGGCAAGGUGGUGCACUCCAAAAAGAACGGAGAUGGCUUUGUGGAUGAUGAUGCCAAACUGUACAAGAUAAUUAAGGCCAUCAGAGCAGCUUUGGUAUAAGGAGGACUUUAAGCAUGGGCUAGCAGCUCAGAGUGCAACAGAGCUCAAGAAAAAUCUGCUUUGUUCAUCUUGGCAAAUCGCUUGAUGACGGGAGCUGCUGAAAUGUUGCCUGACACCUGGCAGUUCCCUGAAACCGUUGCGUUGGAUGCCACCUUGAGCAAAGCUUGAUGGGAGAACUUGUGCUCUAAUUCAAUGUCUGAAUGUGGAUUGGACUCAGCAUGAAGUGUCUGUACCUCCUGACAUGCCUGUCUCCCGUGUUCAGUGGGUCCUGCGUGCAAACGUGGCUUUCUCUGUAGUUCUUUUUUAUUUGCAUGAGCAGCCAGUAACAAUUAGGAUUACUGAAAGAUAGGAAGAGCGGAAGAUUCAUCAAAUGUUUGUUUUCAUCGUACACAAAUGCUCCCAAUAUGUGAUGGGAUCAGAUGCAAAAAAAAAAAAAAAACCCUUGUCUCGGAACUAACCAAUUUUAGAAUCCUACGUCUAAUUUGAAAAUUUAAAUUCUUCUUCCAUUCCCACCACUACUAACUUUCCUAGUGCAGGAUUGUUUGGUUACUUUAUACCCACUUCUGACUACUUUGCUUGAACAUUGUCGAAUCCACUGAACAUUUAAUAAAAUGUUACUUUCAAGCUGUUG